AACUUCAAAACAGCCAGCCAGCCAUUUGUUUGAUACAAUUUACGUAUUAAAUUAAAGUUUAAAGUCCAUGUAUUUCCGUCAGACAGUAACAAUUGAUAAGAUUACAGGCUCAUAAGGUUGUUUUAUAUUUCGAGCCAAUUUGACUGUUUGUGAGGUUGUUAAUAAAAUCGUUAUUAUGAGCUGUAGAAAAAAUAAUAGCCUAUGUAUUUUUACUUACGUUUUAGACUUAAUACUAAAAUUAUUUUCGUUUUAAUACACUAACUUAUUUCUUACACACUACUUGACUGGAAACUAUUAUCGCGUUAAAUUAUUAAUUUAUUUAUUGUGUGGUCAGGUGCUUUUCCCCUGAAGAGUUGCGCUAAAGCUCGUGGUGUCAUGUUACUUUAUCAGUUAUAGACCGAAACCAGCUUAUGGGUAAAUAUAUGUUUGUGCAGGCUAUUAACAGACAAAUUUCAUUCUGCCUUCAACCUUCAGAGCAACGCAAAAGUCUGUAAGUAAUUCAACCCAUCCCUGUUAAUUGGAUCCUUUUAAAUUCCGCUAAGCUGCUCUUAGGUCUUUUCUGUUGCACGGGAAGAGAUUAAACACCACCGUUAUGUUAAAUGAUACAGAAUAUAAAAAUGAUUCAGCGAUUUCUGAUGAGAAGAAAGAGAUUGAAGAGUCUGCGCUUAAAGACACAGUAAAGAUAAAGAAGACUGUCAUAACAGAAGAGUAUAAGCUCACUGGACAACUGCUCGGGUUGGGCAUUAACGGCAAAGUCUGGGCGAUUUUACAGAAGAGAAGUGGCGAGAAAUAUGCCUUAAAGAUGCUGCAGGAGACCUCUAAAGCCAGACAAGAAGUAGAGCUUCACUGCAGAGCAUCAGCCUGUCCACGUAUUGUACAAAUUGCAGAUGUCUUUGACAACUUCUACCAAGGGAAAAAGUGUUUACUUCUCAUCAUGGAAUGUUUGGAGGGAGGAGAACUCUUUCGUCGAAUACAGGAACAUGGUGAUGAAGGUUUUACUGAAAGAGAAGCAUCUGAAAUAAUGAGAAAUAUUGGAGAAGCUGUUGAGUUUCUGCAUGGUAUUAACAUUGCACACAGAGACCUCAAGCCAGAGAAUUUGCUGUAUACAUCAAAGACGCCAGAUGCCCAGCUCAAGCUUACAGACUUUGGAUUUGCUAAAGAAACCACAACUAACAAAUGCUUGACCACCCCAUGCUACACACCUUACUACGUGGCCCCAGAGGUGCUUGGUCCAGAGAAAUAUGAUAAGUCAUGUGAUAUGUGGUCAUUAGGAGUCAUCAUGUAUCUGCUAUUGUGUGGAUAUCCGCCUUUCUACUCAAACCACGGCUUGCCGAUCUCCCCAGGAAUGAGGAAUCGGAUUCGGAACGGCCAGUAUAAAUUUUCUGGGCCUGAAUGGUCGGCAGUGUCUGAGGAAGCAAAGCAGCUCAUUCGCCAGUUAUUGAAAACUGAUCCCACAGAGAGAAUGACCAUCAGAGAGUUUAUGAAUCAUUCUUGGAUCAAUAAUUCAAUGAAUGUCCCUCAGACACCUCUACACACAACCCAAGUUCUUAAAGAAGAGAGUCAUGUUUGGGACAAGGUCAAGGAGGAGAUGACUAAUGCAUUGGCAACUAUAAGGGUGGACUAUGAACAAAUUAAGAUCAAAGCGAUCAAAGACUCAUCCAAUCCUCUUCUGUUAAAGAGAAGAAAGAGAAUGACAAUGACAACAAACGAAGCAGAAGAACAGUGACAAACAUAUACAUGACUGACCAUUAAAUGCCAUUUUAAAAAAUCUUUAAGAUCACCGUUUUUGUUUUAAUAUGCGAGAAUAUUUAACCUGUUUGUCUGUUAUUGUUUGCUGUUUAUCAUUUAAGGUCUGCACCAAAGUUAGUUAUACAGCACUGUGUCGAAAUCCUCUGUAAAGAGUGAAGAGAUGUUACCUCAGGAAACAUUAAAGUCUUUCAGGAUUUUUAAAUGCAUAUUUAGUCUAAUCUAUUUAAUGAAUUGAAUAAACUGAGCACUUAAUGACUGGCCAUGUUUUUAGUCGAUUAUAUUUAUUUCUUGAAAUGUUGCUCAGGAAUUACAUUUCUUUUAAAGGGCCAAUAUUAUGCCCAUUUUACAAGAUCUAAUUUAAGUCUAAGGUGUGCUUAUAAUGUGUCUGUGAAGUUUCAGCUCAAAAUACCCCACAGAUCAUUUGUUACAGCACGUAUAGAAUUUCCCUAUUUGGGCGGAAGUAAAAAGCGCCUUUUUAUGCCUGUACCUUUAAAUGCAAAUAAGCUACUGCUUUCAGUUAAAAUAGAUCUGAUUUCUGUGAGUACAGUCUGAGACAAUAGUAACUUUAUCCACAUUAGUGCUGCAACCUGCUAACAAAAAGCUUUUAGGUAAAAUUAACGAGUCAGUCAUUUGCUGUGGGUGGGGCUUCAUCAGUGUGACAUCAUAUUAACAAGAGAGUCAAAACAGCAUGUCCAAUGAGACUGCUUUGAUUUAAUGUGGAUUAAUAAAGGAGAACUGGGUGGAUUUUUUCACAAAUUUAUCUCCAAACACCUUGUAAAAAGUGGAUUUUGCAUAAUAAGGGCCCUUUAAGCAUUGUUGGUUGAUAUGUUUGUAUGGUGUGCUGUGUAUGGAAGCUCACUGCAGUGUGUUGUGAUUGACAGCUAACUGAUCCACCAAUGCCUCAAACAUUACAUCACAAUAAAUUCACCAUUAAAAGUACAUUAGUGAUGUAAUCAGCAAUAACCCAAAGAAAAAGCUGAUGGUUGCACUUUCCCUCAUGAAUGAUCUGAAGGAAAGAAUAAUUGCUUCCAUAUGACUGUU